AUGAAUAACAGAGUUGGAGUUGAUAAAGCUGUCGAAGUUAAUUUUAAUAUAACACGUUUACAAAGAUUAUGUGAACAUUUUCGAAAGCGAAAAUUACUUUGGAUAAUAUUUCUUAUUAUUUUAAUUAUUCCAAUUAUAGCUAUUUCAACAACCGUUGCUUUAAUGAACAAAACAAAAAGAGAAAAAACAUCAACAAUGGAAAUAACAACACCAACAUCAACAUCAACAACAACAAUGGAGAUAACAAAAUCAACAUCAAUAAUAACAACAACAACAACAACAUCACCAUUAUCAACAACAACAGCAACAAGCGAACAAUUAAUUCUUUCUGUUAUGAGUGAUAACAAUACGAAAUGGAAACAAAAUGCAUCUACUAUUGCUGAACGAAGCGAAUGGGAUGGUCAUUUCGAUUCAUUAUUUAGUCCUUUUGGUAUUCAUGUUGAUGCUGAUGAUCUUAGUAUUUAUAUUGCUGACACAUACAAGAGUCGUAUUGUUAGAUGGGAAUUUGGUGCAAAGAAUGGUGAAAUUGUUGCAGGUGAAAAAGGACCUGGAAGUGAACUAGAUCAUUUGCAUUAUCCAACAGAUGUAGUUCUUGAUAAAGAGAAGAAAUCUCUCAUCAUUUGUGAUAAGGGUAACCAACGAGUAAUGAAAUGGCCUGUUAAAAAUAGUCAGAAUCAACAAGUGUUGAUACCUGAUAUUGUUUGUUGGGGUUUAGCAAUGGAUAAUAAUGGAGAUCUCUAUAUUUCGAAACCGGAAAAACAUCAGAUCAUACGGUGGCAAGAAGGGAAUAAAGAAGGUACAAUUGUAGCGGGUGGGAAGGAAGUAGGAAAGCAGUUAAAUCAACUCUAUCAUCCUAUGUAUAUCUUCGUCGAUGAAUAUCAUUCAGUUUAUGUAGCAGAUUCUACGAAUAAUCGUGUGAUGAAAUGGAUGAAAAAUGCUACCGAAGGCAUUCGUGUUGCUCCGGGGCUAAUUGAUGACCGCAAUCCUAAUAUACUACGUGAUCCUAUAGGUGUAAUUGUUGAUCGUAUGGGUAAUAUUUAUGUAUCGACUAGCAAAAGUCAUCAAAUAAUGCGUUGGUCGCCAGGUGCAGCAAAAGGUGUUCCUGUCGUUGGUGAAAAAAUAUCUGGAUGUGAACCCACGCAGCUAGCUUUCCCACAUGAUCUAUCAUUUGAUCGACAGGGUAAUCUUUAUGUUGUCGAUAGAUACAACGGUCGAAUACAAAAAUUUGCUAUUGAUCUUGACUGA